AAUCGUGACUCGCGGAAGAAGAUGCCGUUUGGCUCUUGUCCACCAACCAAGUUUUGCCAUGAUGCUAGACGUAUCAGGAGAUAGCAGUGACGAAGACUUUGAGUGGGAGGAGGUUGACGUUCCUCAGCAAAUUCAUGAAACCAACCCAGAGUUAGAACUCCAGUUGGAAGGACCAGCACCACGCGCGAACAUUGAAAUCACUUUACACUCUGGGACGAAGAAGAAGGAUGAUUCUAAGAAGGCGGCGGCAGCGGCAGCACGAGCCCAACGCAUCCUGAGGACUGGAACCCACAAGGUCCACACUGUCUGUCUUCUUGCAAAUGCAAGAGUGCGGAAUAAGUGGCUGAAUGAUGAGCUUCUUCAUGCUCGAUUGCUCUCCUUAACACCGCUUCAUCUUCAGAAUAGUUUUGCCCUAAUACACAAAUCUCGCGUACCCGACCAGAAUAAGCGAGGCCGGUUAUUCGAGACCACCGUUACCCGCUUGGUGGAAUGGUGGACGGGCACAUUUUUCUGCGUUCUUCCUACAGGACACAUCAGGAACAGGACUUUCGACGAGAACGAGCGUGAGCUUGCCUUACGUGGAAACGCGAUUUUUGAAGACGAGGAAAGCGAUGACGGAGAACGUAUUCGGAGUCCGAACAGUCUUAUGAAACACGCCUUGAUGCAAAGUGGCUCUCGUGAUACAAGUGCGCAGUUGUUCACAGCAUUGUGUCGAGCAUUGGACAUCCCCGCUAGAUUGGUUACUAGUCUCCAGAGCAUUCCAUGGCAGUCUGGUGUCGGAAAACCCAAACUCAAACCUGCCAACAAAAACCGUCCACCAUCUGGACAGAAGGGGAAGCAGAGAGCCGGAGACACUGAUGUUUUAUCGCAAGACAGCGAAUUCGAAGACGCGAAGGCAACUAAUCCCCAGUCUCCAGCAGCAAUAGAAACAAAUCUAGGCCACUCGUCUCCUGGGGAAACUUCAACUCAAGCCAAAGGAAAAGGAAAAGGAAAAGGAAAAGAGAAGGCGCGGCCGGUCAUCUAUCUCAGAAAACCCAAAAACCACUCUGAAAAUCGAGCGGGCACGCCCAUUAGACCCAGAGCUGCCCUUGACCCUACAACUACCCCUCCUAUAUUCUGGACAGAGGUCUUUUCACGUGCAGACGGCCGGUGGCUGCCUGUCGAUCCUAUUCGCGGUUUCGUCAACAAACGCCAUGUAUUUGACCCCUCCGCUGAGAACACGUUCAGGAAUGGAGUACCGCAAGAGAAUCGCAUGGUUUACGUGGUUGCCCUAGAAGAGGAUGGUUUCGGCCGCGACGUGACAGCACGGUAUGCCAAAGACUAUACUGCUAAAGUGGCGAAGGUGCAAAGAGUUGGGAUAGGCAGGCGAAAAGAAUGGUGGGAUGGUCUCGUACGGCUAGUGACCAGACCCUAUAGAUUGCAACGCGACGAGACCGAGGACGCAGAACUGUACAACCAUCAGCUUACCGAGGGCAUGCCCACCACAGUUGCCGGAUUCAAAGGUCAUCCUUUAUAUGCCCUCUCACGGCACCUCAAUCGUGAAGAGGUUAUUGAUCCUCCUGUCGAGUUGGGCAAGUUCCGGGGCGAACCUGUGUAUCCUCGAUCUUCGGUCAUAUCUCUGAAGACCGCGGAAAACUGGAUGCGUCAAGGGCGCGUGGUUCGAGAAGGCUGUCAGCCCAUGAAGAUGGUGAAGCAACGUGCUGUCACUAUUGGCCGCAAGCGGGAAAUGGAGCUUGCACUUGAGAAAGCAAGAACAGAUACCCAUGGUGGAGAUGGUCAGGAGGACAUGCAAGGUCUAUACGCAAGGUCUCAGACGGAGCUUUACAUGCCAAAGCCAGUCGUUGACGGAAAAGUCCCUAAGAACGAUUUUGGGAAUAUUGAUCUGUAUGUUCCGUCGAUGCUCCCUGAGGGUAGCGUUCAUAUUCCAUUCAAAGGUGUUGCCAAAGUGGCCAAAAGGCUUGGCUUUGAUUAUGCAGAAGCAGUGACCGGUUUUGAAUUCAGGAAUCGGAGAGCUAUCCCGAUAAUUGAGGGAAUUGUUGUGGCCGAGGAGAACGAAACUAUUAUAGUGGAGGCCUUUUUGGAAGCCGAAAAUGAUGCAGAAGAGAAAGCGCGUGUCAAACGUUUGGAUCAAGUUCACAAGCGUUGGAUACGUCUCGUGCAAGGGCUUCGGAUUCGAGAUCGUCUCCGCAAGCAAUACGCAUCCAAUACGGAUGAUGCAACGCCGCAGCAUUGGUUGGACACGCAGAAUGCUGAGGCACAUGAAGGCGAGCAACAACCAGGAGGGUUCCUCACCACCGCGGACGAUGUGGUGAAGCCGUUCCAUCUCCCAAAAAAUCAGCACACCGUUUUGCCCUCGUCUUUACUCUCUUCAACCACCGGUGACGAUGGCGCCGAAAUCGACGAGGCUGUACCCGAACAUAGUGGUGUUGCGGUGUCUUAUACACAUCCCCGUGGUUCGCCGCUUCAUUUCGCCGAAGAUGUGCAGAUGGGAGAGGUAUCUGCUGAAGUGCCUUCUCGGCGGAGUAAUGCAGUGCCUAAGUCCAUGCGCGAGCUGGCCGAAGACGACCUGAGGAGACGGGCCUCGGAGAUCGCCCCUUCAAGUUCUGAUGAGCCUGAACGUCAGUCGCGUUCUACUCCCGCUGAGAGGACAACGAAGGGCGGGCGAGUGAAGGCGCUAAUGAAGAGUGGUACUAAUACCCCUUCUAAGCGCAACUCGUCUGUAAAGCGGAAAAAUGGAAAGAAGCGGAUCAGAGAAGACACCGAUAGCGCAUCAGAGGACGAUCAUAGAUUCGACAAUGCGGCUUCUACACGUGAUGGGAAUUCCAGUAAGGGAAACUCAGCCACGACGCCCGGCAGAGUCCUACGGCCUCGCCCGCAGAAGAACACUGCUAAAUUGCGUGAAGAAGCUGAGUUAGAACGAGCGUUUAGAAGAGCGAUAGCAGAGUAGAUCCGUCGGCAGGGACUUCUCCGUACUUUAUAGCUUUAUGGUUUUUGUCAUCAAUCUAUUAGCAGCAAUUU